UGCUUGACCCGCCGUCUUCAUUCAUCCGUGACGUCUGAUUCUUGCGCUGCCUUUUUAUUGUGUUCACCUCCCUGCUGAGUUAUCACUUUCAUCUUUGCUGAGGGUGAGAUUAUCGAGCGAUUCACCGCCAUGAUCACCGUGUGCUUGCUGGCAAUCUUCUCGGGCGUAGCGGGCUGCAGCACGUGCUCCCCACCGGCUGGGGCCUGCCCAGCGGGCUGGCUCAAGUGGCGCUGCUCAUGUUAUCUCCUGCGUGACACCUUCGCCUCAUACGACGACUCCCACAAAGCCUGUCAGGAAAGAGGCGCCGAGUUGGCUGCCCCUCAUUCCCUUCGGGAGAACGAGUUCUUCGCGAGCCUUGCGUCCCGCACGCAACCUCAGCAAAUGUGGAUAGGGUGCAACGACAGGGAGGCUGCAUAUGACUGGGUCUGCGAAGGUCAAGAACGGGGAAAGGUAUUCACAAGAUGGGAUUCUGGAUCGCCAGACCAUGUACACGAUUCUCCCACAUCAACAGAUCACUGCACCAUGAUGCUCGCAUUCCGCGGCACUGUCAAUUUCGGGCGGUGGUUCGACGGCCGAUGCAUGUCCAAGUCGAAAUCGCUGUGCGUCAAGCGUAUGAAGGUGCUCAGCCAUCGUCUCUUCAGUUUCGUCGUCUCGAACCCGUCGCCUAGGUGCCUCCUCGAUCGCGUCAUCGACCAGUCUGUCACCAAGAGCUACGCCAGCUGCGCCUCAGCCUGCAUCGCGACCCCCGGAUGCCUCUCCUUCAACAUCAGAGUCACCGAGCAGGGUGGACGCAAACUGUGUCCGCUGAACGGGGGUUACCAACCCGACGACCCGGCCCUCAACAUCCAACCGCUUGGCCCCACUUGCGUGCUGUACGAACCAUACAUUGAGUGAGAUGUCCCGAUAGGAAGACUAGUCUCAAACGGUUGGCUGGAAACGCGGUCAUAAAGGUGGCCACAGACGGAUUGAGUCUGAUGUGAAGUGGAACUGCAGUGAUCGACAUCGUCUUUACGAACAAUUAAAUAGCACCGGUAGCUUAUCUAAUUACCAAUGGUCAGUGAAGCGAACUUUUCAUUUUAGAAUGCGCAUGCUGAACAUUACUUCUUUUCUGGUUUUUAUUUCGAUAUUUCUUAAAUGAUGUGUAUGCCUCCUUUUGACCACUGUUAUAAUUCGCCGUCAUGAUUGGCUGUAAAUCAAUAUGAGAUAGUUAUGAGAUAUGUUAUGAGAGGUGCAUUUAUGAUGAGCGUGAUUACAAUGCGUUGCUAGUUGUCCCCAAAACAUAUUAAAAAACGCGCUUGUCAUUCGAAUGAAUUGUUUUGUAUGAAAAAUUAGCUCUUGAGAUUUAAAGCGCUCUUUUCUGGAU